GUGGAGAGGCACGAUAGUCGGCUAAAUCUGUUUAGGCAAUCCCCUUUCGCGUUUCUAUUGCAUGUUACAUCAUUUAGAUUUAUAGGGGCUCUAUUUCACCUUCUUUUAGUAAGAUACAAAAGUGAUUUAGUAUUUGAGAUCAGGGGGAGGCGAUUGCAGUUUUUCGAGAUGGACUUCGCCUUCAUUACCAGUCUUAAGAUUGGAGAUCUUAUUGUACUGAAGAAUCGUUGCACUACGAGUACACUAAGAGACAAAUACUUCAAAGAACAUCCAAUAUUAAAGAAGCACGUAAUAGACGUGUUUGAGAGAUUAGUUGACACCAAUAAGCACGAGGACAUCGUGAAGGUUGCCCUUCUUCUAGUUGUGGAGUGCUUUCUUAGGGGAACCAAACCGAAAACCAUGUGUAACAUGGAUUAUAUUCACCUGGUGGACUUGUUAGAUGAUUUCUAUAUGUAUCCCUGGGGUAGUUUGGAAUACUUUACAAUGUUGCAAGGAAUCGAAUCUGUCGUUGCCGCAUCAAGUUCCCCUCGGUACACUGUAUGUGGUUACGUCCUUCCUCUACAAGUAUGGGCAGUAGAGAUAUUACUGGCCCUACAAGAGUGUGUUGUUUCGUAUGUUCCCCAUCAAACUCUACGCUUCAUUCAAUAUUGAGGCUAGAAGUGUUGGAGGUACAAAAGAAUACAUGCUAUUGUCGAGAGUGAAGCUGUAAGUUUAUAUAUAUCUCCAUCAUUUACUUUGCUUAACUUGACAACCUUAUCGAUUUUUUUAUUUAACAUUACUCCUUGUUCUUUUGCAGACAUCAGUAGUGAUGAAAUUAGAACCAAUGCUACGAGAAUGGGAAACGGAUGUC